UUAAGAAGGAAAAGGAUUUUUUCGUCUGGUUCGGAUGACGAGGAUGAUAUUGAAGAAAUUUCUAGCGGGGUAAGUAUUGAAGAAGUUGAUGAUAACAGCGACGAAUCUCAUGAAACCAAACAUCAAACAAAUAGUAGGAAAAGGAAACGGUUAAAAAUUGAUGUAUUUCACAGAAAAACUUCUGCCUCAUUGAAACAUGGUAAGAGGACUCGUAUUGAUGUGGAUUCAUCGAAUGAUGAGAAUGCGCUGAGUGACGAGGAAGAAUUUCAAUUAAAAAGACGUGGUGUGAAGCCAUUUAUUUCAAAAGAAAAACUUGCUAAGGAAACAAUCGAUGCAGAAAUUGCAGAAAAGGAGAGAAGAAAGCGGCUCGAGGCUAAACAAAAAGAGUUCAAUGGAAUUGAAUUUGCGGAAGACGAUACUUUGGAAACUUCGUUUUCUAGUGGCCAAUCUAAAAUAAUUCUUAAAAAAGUUGUUUUGGAUACGGAUAGCAAAAGCGAUCCUUCUUGCCCGGUUGAAGUUCAUUCCGCUUUAGUAAAAAGUCUUAAACCUCACCAAGCAGAGGGUAUAAAAUUUUUGUACGACAGCACAAUAGAAUCGCUCGAUCGUUUGGAAGAGGAUGGUGGUGGUGGGAUUCUCGCGCACUGUAUGGGUUUGGGAAAAACUCUUCAGGUUAUCGCAUUUUUACACACCAUUUUGACUCAUCCUACAAUAAAGAAAAAGAUUUCUCGCACUCUUGUGAUUGCUCCAAAGAAUGUGGUUCUGCAGUGGUGCUCAGAAUUUGCAAAAUGGUUAGAAAAUGAUGACGACUCUUUAGAGGUUAUAAAGGUAGUAGUACCAUUUGCAGCUGUUCUCUCCUUUAUUACUGUCUUUUAUUUUCAUUCUCCAAAUAGUUACAGUCAUAUAGUGAUCGAUGUACUAAUUUUCCAAAGUGCUUCGAACUGCCCUGGGAAGAAGCUCUCAAAAAUGAACAGAAAGUUGGCGAAGCUUCAGCCAGCUUUCAGAGAGUAUUUACAAGAUCCAGGCCCAGAUAUAAUUGUUUGUGAUGAAGCCCAUAAACUCAAGAAUGAUGAAUCAGCGCUUACAAAAUGUAUGAGUAAAAUACGCACAAAGCGUCGCAUAUGCCUUACUGGAACACCGCUUCAGAAUAAUUUGAUGGAAUAUCACUGCAUGGUGAAUUUUGUGAAGCCUGGACUUCUAGGAACUAAGAAGGAAUUUGCGAACAGAUUUGCAAAUAUAAUAAAUAGGGGAAGGACGAAAGAUGCUACUGCAAUGGACGUGCGCCACAUGAAAAGGCGUUGUCAUGUUUUGUUUGAACAGUUGAAAAAAGUUGUUGACCGCAAAGACUACCACUUCCUAACUGACGUUUUGCCACCGAAGCAAGAGUAUGUUAUCAAUGUCAGACUGACACCUCGACAAGUGGCGCUCUAUCGUGCAUUUUUGGAAGGGAUAGGAAAAGAUGAUAUUCGUUUAGGGAAACGUCUUUUAAUGGACUAUCAUGUUUUGUCGCGUAUUUGGACCCAUCCUUAUCAACUGAUAAUACAUAAUAAGGAGGAAGAAAGAAGGAGGAUUUUGCAAGAAGGCAAAGAUGAGCUUGACGAUUUUAUUGAUGAUGGUGAUAUUUCACUUUCAACUGAUGAGAGCGAUGGUGACAAUACAUUUUUUUACUUCUCAUCACUUUGCAGUGAGAAUGGGACGGGGACUAGUGAGAACAAUGCUUUCCCUACCAGAAAAUCAAAACGAUUGGCUGGAGAAGAUGCCGAUUUGGAAAGUGGACUAACAGGUGCUGAAGAAUGCCAAGAGUGGUUCUCAAGCGCGGGAUUAGUUAAUGAACAAGAUGAAAACGAUUUUAGUCUUGGAAGAAAGCUUGUUCUCUUGCAAGCUAUAAUCAAGAAAUGUGAGGAAAUUGGGGAUAAGAUCUUGGUGUUCUCACAAAGUUUGGAGUCUUUAACUUUGCUUAAACGGAUGCUGCGUUACUUGGAUGAGAAUGAUUUGUGGUUCACUGACGGACAUGAAGCUCUAAAGGCUCAGUCGGAAUCUUGGGGCUGGAAGGAAGGCCAUGAUUACUUGGUUAUUGACGGUCAAGUACAGUCAGCGAAGAGAGAAGAGUUGCAAAAUAAUUUUUCGCCUCUAAACAUUUUUUUGAUCUUUAUUUUUAGAGCUCGUCUGAUGUUAAUAUCGACACGUGCAGGUUCUCUUGGAACAAAUAUGGUCGCAGCGAAUCGUGUUGUAAUUUUUGACGCUUGUUGGAACCCUUCACACGACACACAGUCGCUGUUUAGAGUCUAUCGUUUCGGGCAAACGAAGCCUGUAUAUAUUUAUCGUUUUAUUGCUCAGGGGACUAUGGAAGAACGUAUAUAUAAGAGGCAGGUUACUAAAGAGUCAACAUCGAUGAGGGUAGUGGAUGAAGCGCAAAUUGAACGGCAUUUCGCUGUUAACGAUUUGGAAGAGCUUUAUAAAUUUGAUCCAGACGAACAGGAUGGUCAAGAUUCUUCUCAAGCACCAUCUAUCGCUCCACCUAAGGAUCGAUUACUGGCCGAAAUAAUUCUUUCUUACAGGAACUGCAUUGUGAAUUAUAUUCAACAUGAUUCUCUAUUUAAAAAUCUUGAUGAAGAAAAGCUUACUGAGGAGGAAUGCAAAGAAGCAUGGAAUGACUACGAAAAUGAAAAGAACGCUGUAAAGAAUAUGGGAAGCAUAUCUCAUGAUUAUCCAAUGAUGCAUCCAGCUGGAAGGCCAGGUUAUCAAAUAGGCAGCCAACGUAAUCGUUUUACACUGUUAAGGCUUAAGUUCUUUUGCAAGGAAGAAGCAGAAAGAGAGUUUAGAAAUGUUUUUUUAUUCGAAAAAUUCUUUGGAUGUUUCAGAACCAGCUCUCGUGCCUUUAAACAUGGAUCCCAUUUAUAUGACUGCGUAUCAGAUUCGUGGUAUGGAUAUGGACACUGCGCUGAAAGUGACUUUUAUAAAGCAGUGAGUCAAUCAUUUUAUCUUUGCUUUCCAGAUUUUUGUUUGUCGGUUUCGGAAUCUUUCAUGAAUCAAUUUAUAGUUUUGUUUAAUUUCAACUUUAAAGUUUUUAUUACUUCCAGAAAACAAGUUGUAAUUUGUAGUGUGCAGUCUCAUAUAAUACUUUACCUCUAA